CAGAACCAGCGCACGCGCUGCUCCGCCGACGCCGAAGCCUCGUCCGCGAGCGCGUGGGGCUAAGCAAGCACUCGAGCUCCCUCGAGCGGCGGGUGCAGUGCAGCCAGGCCGCGCGCGCCGCAGCAUGAACGGCGUCGGCGACGCGCACGCGGCCGCGGCCGCGGCCGCCAUGGUGCAGCAAACGCUGGGGAUGUCGCUGCCGAUGGCGGCGUUCGUGCCCGAGCAGGGCAGCGCCAAUAGGCUGACCAGGCCGCCGGGGCUGCCGCCGCUGCCGCAGGCGUUCGCGGCCCAGCAGCGCGGGGACGUGUGCAUGGAGGCCGUCGACCCCGCGGCUGGCCCGCGCAAGGCGCACCGGCGCUCCCGCAGCGACGUCCCGUUCGGCUACUUCCCGCCGGCGGGCCACCACCAGCUCCCGCCGCCCAAGGUGGAGGCCGGCUGGGGCGGCCACCUCCCCGCCGGCGGCGGCGGCGGCGGCGACGACGACCUGUUCAACGCGUACCUCAACCUGGAGGGGCUGGACGGGCUCAACUCCUCCGACGACCGCCUCGACGACGGGGACAGCCGCGGCAGCAGCAUGAGGACCAACGGCGCCGACAGCAGCGAGAACGAGUCGGAGGAGUGCGCCGCCGACAGCCGCGCCGGGAUCCGCCUCUGCGCCGCCGCUGCCGACAGGCGGGAGGGGCUCAAGAGGGCCGCCGCUGCGCCCGUGGCGCGCCACGCCAGGAGCCUGUCCAUGGAUAGCCUCAUCGGCAAGCUCAACUUCUCCGCCGGCGCGACGGGCGCCGCUAGCGGCGUCAUUCCGGGACCCAACAGGUUCAGCCUCGAGUUCGGCACCGGCGAGUUUUCGCCGGUCGAGAUGAAGAAGAUCAUGGCCGACGAGAAGCUGGCCGAGAUGGCGCUCGCCGACCCCAAGCGCGUCAAGAGGGUGCUGGCCAACAGGCAGUCGGCGGCGCGGUCCAAGGAGCGCAAGAUGCGAUACAUUGGCGAGCUGGAGCACAAGGUGCAGAUCCUGCAGACGGAGGCCACCACUCUCUCCGCCCAGCUCACGCUUCUUCAGCGGGACUCCGCGGGGAUCGCGACGCAGAACAACGAGCUCAAGUUCCGGCUGCAGGCCAUGGAGCAGCAGGCGCAGCUGCGUGACGCAUUGAAUGAGGCACUGACAGCCGAGGUCCAACGCCUGAAGGUCGCGACCGCAGAGCUCGGGGAUUCUUGCUCGUCCAGCAACCUAGCCCAGCAGAUCCAAAUCAGCGUUCAGGACCAGAUGUUUCAACUGCAUCAGCAGCAGGCAACGCCUAUACCGUUCUACCAGCUGCAGCAGGCGCAGCAGAAUGGCGCAGGGAAGAAGCAUGAGCCGACGGAAUGAUCUCAGACCUGCCAUUAUCCACCGCUGCGUGAGCAGGGGAAAAAAAGAUCGGUUUCGAUGGACUGAAAACAUUUCUUUUCCUAACUCAUUGGUUAAGUGUCGUUAAUAAGCACCGUGCAUUUUUUUCCAGGUGAUGAACCUGCUGCUUGUACCUGUUUAUUUAUUCUUUGGAUGAUUCAGUUGCUUGAGUUGCCAAACUGAUCAAAUUGUAGCCGGUUAAUAUUCUUUUAUAGUUGUAGUGUUUAUGGAUGCUUUUGC